AUGAAAUCUAACGGAGUUUGUGAUGAAGUUUGUGAUAAUUCAGAUUGCGAUUAUGACGGAGGAGACUGCCAAGAAUGUGCUCCUGGCUGCUUAAUGUCUAUGCUAGGAGAUGGAGUUUGUAAUUCUGCUUGCAAUGUAAAUGAUUGCCAUUAUGAUAAUUAUGAUUGUGGCUGCUCUGAAGGCUGCGGUAUAGAAAGCUAUGGACAAUGCAAAGAUUCCUGCAUGAAUUCUAUGUGCAAAUAUGAUACUAUUAGCGAAACUUCUAAAUGUCAAAAUUCAAACCAGAUAUUAUUUGCUUUACAUUAUGGGCUUAUAUUUAAAAAUCUUGUAGCAAAUGCAAGUCCAGAUAACUGUACAAGUAGCACAAACUGCUUAUCAACAGAGGUCCUUGAUUCUAGUUCUUGUCACACAAAUUGUAAAGGAGCUCAUUGCAUUUAUUCAUGAAAUCAAUGUGAAGUAAUUACAUGUGCAGACCAAAAUUGUCUAAUAUGCAAUACUAAUAGUUUAGGAGACUGUUUUGUAUGCAACUCAAAUACUUAUCAAUUUUAUGGGUUUUGUUUAGCUUCUUGUCCAGGUGGCCAUCAAGCUGUUUAUUUGAUAGGCAAUUAUCCAGUUUGUUUGAUUCCUAAGGAUUAUUCAACAAAAGAUAAUCCAGCAGUCUAUUAUGUAACUUCAAAAACAAGCACCGAUGCUUAUGAAGGAAAUGGGACUUUUAACAAUCCAUUUGCAUACCUUUCUCUAGCUCUUGCUUCAAUAUAUAAUAGGCAUGCCAUUAUUUAUCUAUUAAAUGAUGGGGAUCAUUAUUUUACCUGUGUCAAUACAUCAAAUCCUGUGAGCACAAUAUUAUCUGAUGUCUGCGACCCCUUAUCAAAAAGCUUUAGCCUUGAAAACCUUGUGAUUGAUUCAUAUGAUGGCUCUAUGAUUGCUAUAAAAAAGAAGGCAGACCACGAUUUUUUUACUUUUAAGGUGCCAAGUACUACUACUCUUACAAUAAAAAAUGUUGUAUUCAAUGGCCAGGAUGUUCUAUCAACUUGCCCAUCAGAAACGAAUCCUUAUUGUUCAUACUGUGCUUAUAUUACGCUAAGUUCUGAUGGACACUAUUACAGCGAUCAAAGGACUGUAGUUUCUAAUUAUUUAGACUCAUCCAUAUGCAACACAUUUCACGCCAAAAGUCUCUUUAGUUUAUACUUAGGUGCUAAUUUAGAGAUGAAAAAUGUAAAUUUUACAGAUUGGAGAAUGGAAUUAAAAACUUUAAUAACGAGCUAUGGAGCAAAUAUUAUAUUCAACAACGUAAAUUUUGAUAAUAUUCGAUGUAUGUGAGGUGUGACUGCAAUACAGCUAGGGCAAGCAACUCCAGAACAGGAAAAAAAUGCAGUGAUUUAUUUUCUUGACUGUGGAGAUGCAAAUUAUAAUUGUGGAAGCUUUGAGUAUACAAAUGGAGUUGUAUCAAGGCUUAAUAAUGGCUAUGAGUAUGGCGUAGCACAGUUUUCAGGAUUUUUAAGUGCAGAUAAAAUCAGGACUGUAAAGCUGAAAAAUGUCACUUUUGUUAACAAUAUUGCAUAUAAUCCUUCUAUUGCAUCCACUGCUUAUUCUCUUAUAAAAUUGAUUCUAUACAGAUCAAUUGAAAUUUCUCAGUGUGUUUUUGAAAAAAAUUCAGCCAAUUUUGGACUCAUUUAUUUAGAACCACUGGCAUUAGUGUUUCGUAAUGAUGUAAAUUCUAAUAAUGAGCUGAUUGAUUUAUUGCUUUAUCAUAUUUACAUACAUGACACUAUUUUUAAAACCAAUUAUGGAUUAUACGGAGGAAUUUUAACAGCAAUUUAUGAGUCUCAACUGCAAAAAAUUUUAAUCGAAAAUUUAGUUAUGGAUGGAAAUGGAGUUGAAUCUGCAAGUUUGAUUAGCCUUUAUAAUCAAUUAUAUCCUUAUUCACAAUAUAUUACCGAUACAAAUGAAAAUAUAUAUGACACAAAUGGAAAUUUUGUUGAGGCAACGUUUAAGAAGCGAACUUUUAUUAUUAAAAAUUCUAUAAUUACACAUAAUUACUCAGGAAGCUAUACAAUAUUUUAUAUUAUUCAUCUAGUCAAUGUGCAUAUGUCUAAUAUUACAGUAGAAUCUAAUGGAAAUACAGAAACCCAAAAUAUCAAUACCGUUCUUUGAAAUUACUAUGUAUCUGAUAAUACUUUAUACCCAAAAACUAUGGUUUCUGAUCCAGCUAGCUUAGAAUUUAUUUAUCUAGCAGUUUUUAAUCUUGUAUAUAACUAUGAAAUAUCCGAAAGCAUUUUCAAAAAAAAUGAUUGCAAAAUUUGAAGUCCAUCAUUUUUUUUCUCUUACUGUGGGAAUAUCACUAUUUCAAGCUGUAUAUUUGAAGAAAAUAUUGCACUUUAUUCGCAGGGAAUAUGUUUUAAUACGGCAUAUACUCGAAAUAUCCGAAUAAUUAAUUCAACAUUCAAAAGUAAUAUAAAUAGUUAUUCUCAUGGAUUUGGACCAAUAUGCUUGGAUAUGAGCUUAGAAAAUACUUUGAUUGAAAACACAAUGAUAUAUAAUAACUCUGCAAGUUUUAGCUCAGGUAUUUACUAUAGAGGUGACUCGCUAGCGUUGAAUAACGUUACAUUUGAAUCAAAUACAGCUAAUUCAGGACUUGGAGCUCUUUAUUUCUCAGUUUUUACAGGAUUACUUACUCGAGCAAUUGAUAUAAAAAAUUCGUUUUUUAAGAAAAAUAAAAGUGGAGAUGCAAAAGGGGGAGCGAUUUAUAUAUCAGGCACAUCAUUGUCUCAAGAUGAUAUUAAUUUAUCGAUAACAGAUACUGAGUUUCAGUAUAACUCAGCGCCAAGCGGUUCAGCAAUAUAUAUAGAAAACGAUGCAACUCUAUCAACUAAUUCUAUUGUCGACUCUUGCAUAUUCGCUUAUAAUACUGCUAAUAACAAAGGAACAAUAGCUAUUUUUUUCCAACUUGGAAUAUUAAAAUUUUCAAAUUCUGUAUUUCUUUCUAAUCACGCUGACCUUGGAUCUGGUUUAUAUUUUGCUGCUUCAGAACAGUCAAGCUCUGAUAAAUCCAAAAUAAUCCUAACCUCCUGCAAUUUUACUGAAAAUUCAGGACAAAAUAUAUUAUGCUCUGAGAAUAUUGCAAUUUUCUCUUAUAUUGAAUCGGCUAAAUGUUUAUUCCAAAAUAAUGAGGGGUCAGCUAUUUAUCUUGCCCAUGGCUAUUGGCAAGACACUAAUACUAUUAUAGCGAAUUCUACAACAAAUGCAGGAACUGUUUAUUUAGCACUAUCUGCAUCCGCUGAUUGCCAAUUAACAGAAUUUACUAAUAACACUUCAACAAGUUAUGCAGGUGCAUUUAGAGCUGAAGGAAAUUCAUAUUUUUAUUGCAGUAAAUGUAUAUUCACUAAAAAUUCUGCUGAAUACGGAGGAGUCCUUUACUUUGACCAGCUGUCUUAUUUUCUCAUUGAAGAUUCCAUUUUCAAUAAAAAUUUUUGCUAUAAAAACGGUGCAAUUUUAUAUAUAAUUGGAUCAGCUGAAUACAGUAUUUUGAAAAACUCAUUAUUAUUUUACAAUUAUGCAGAGUCAGAAGGCUUGGUUUAUUCAAUUACAUCAAAUAUUCAAAUUGAAAACUGUGAAAUACAUGAAAAUACAGCUAGUGGGAUUACUCCAGGAAUUUACUUAACUCUUUCUAAUGCUACUAUUUCAAAUUCUCAAUUUAAAGACCAUGAAGGAAACUCUGGAAGUUUUGUACAUUUAACCUCAGACAGUAAACUAAUUGCUACAAAUUCAAGCUUUACAAAUGGAAAAUCUUCUAAGUCAGGUGGAUCAAUUUAUGCGCUUUCUAGCUCUGUGAGUCUUACUGACUGCUUAUUUUUGAAAUCAGCUUCACUUUCUGGGAAUACAAUUUUAGCAUUUUCUACAGCUUUAAAUAUUUCUCAAUGCCAAUUUUUAAAUUCUUAUAGUUCAGGCUCUGGAGGAGUUAUAAGUGUUUUUGGAAGCAAAAUUUUUAUUGAAAAAUCUUUUUUUGAAAAUUUUAGUUAUUCUGCGAUUGAUGGAUUAGAAAUAGAGACCUUAGAGAUUAGAGAAACAAGCUUUAAAAAUAGCCUAGGGAAGGUAGGAGGAGUCAUUAGCUGUAUAAAUACUGAUUAUGUUUAUAUUGAUUCCUGUAUUUUUGAUAAUAAUAUAUCAAUAUAUGGCGGUGCUCUAUAUUUUAUAUUUACUUCUGACAUUAUUAAUAGCCAACCUUAUGAAAUAGUUUCAAAUGAAUUUAGAAGGUGCACAUCAUCAGUUGGGGGAGCAAUUUUUGUGGAUAAUGUAAAUAUUGAUAUAGUCGCUUGCAUAAAUUAUGUAGGGACUCCCACUUGUGGGUUGUUACCUGUGAAGCCACCAUAAACGCGUUGGUUACAUCUGAGAUUUCUUUCCACGUUUAGAAAAGGAAUCCGCAUGCGGGAUUCCCUACAAAAUUUGCGCAAGGAGAAUAUAUAAAAUUAUGCAAAUUUUAUGAAAAUAAAGCAAUUUCAACUUCAAAAUCAUCUGAAACUAGCUAUGAGUCAGGAAUUGGAGGAGCUAUAAAAUUAGGCUGCAGCUAUUCUGGAAAUUGCAGUUUUAAUAUAUUUUCUAAUGAUCUCGUCAGAAAUUUAGCAGAAUAUGAAGGAGGAGCAAUUGUUUGAAAAGAGGUCAUGCCGCAAUUCAAAAAUAAUUCAUAUCAAGACAAUGAAGCAAUAUAUGGUAAAAAUAUUGCUUCUUAUCCAGUAAAUAUGGAUAUUCUAAAUACGAACUCAGAUGAUGGACUAAAAGAUUUGGCAUCAGGGCAGUUAACUAUAGCACCUUUAAUUAUCGCCCUUGUCGAUCAUUUAGGAUCAAUUAUUACUACAGAUAACUCUAGUGUCAGUGAAUUAGUAUCGACAUCACAAGAUGUAUUUUUAUCAGGCGAGCUUAAAGUUAUAGCAGUUAAAUAGUUAACUUAUAUUGAAAAACUCCUGGUGGCACCCACGGGGUGCGCUUCUCCACCUUGAUCCGUUUUGUUGAGCCGCCUACCGCCACCCUCUAGGGGUAAACUCAUCGUCGCAUGAGGCUCGCGUAAACGGGAGUGUAGUGGGCUGGGCCACUGUGUUGUAUGUUAGACUUGGGAUUGCCCUUCCAGAAAAUUCAAAGAAAGGAUUUUCUGGUCUAGCUAUCAACCAAGAUGGAAUUCAUCACCCAGGACGCAACUCCUGGGAUCGCGCGAGGAAAUUUCCCAAUUGGUCACCUUGAUCCAGAAUGGGCUGCGGCUGACCAAAUCCGAAAUUGCGCUCCACCCAAACGAAGUAAAACCUGGAUGGAUAUGCAUCAUCGAACGCUAUUCUCUCUUUCGCAAGAUCCCUGGGUCUCCCAGCUGCAGGUGCUAAGAGGGUGAAUUGGCUCGCCAAGCCAUUUUAAUGUAUAUAGCUUAAAGUUAUAGCAACUGAAGGUAUUUUUAACUUUUCUUCAUUUGUAAUUUCAGCAAAACCUGGCAGCAAUUUUUCUAUAGAAAUUCAAACAAAUGCCAUUGAUCCCUCAAAAAGUGUCAAAGCUAAUGAUGGACUAAUAUAUAAUGCAAGUAUACCGGUAAAUGUGGCUUUAAGAGAUUGUGUACUGGGUGAAGCAACUGUUGGGGUUAACUGUGUGGUUUGCGCCAAAGAGUUUUAUAGUCUUGACCCAAAAAAUAAUAAAUGCUUGACUUGCCCUAAUAAAGCUGUGUGCUAUGGAAAUUAUACAAUGGCUCCGAAGCCAGGCUACUGGAGAUCUGGAAUGAUAACUCACGCGAUUCGUGAGUGAACAAAACCAUUGGAGAGACCUUAUUUUUGGGUAAAAACCCAACCUCCGUGAGCGAACAAAAGAUUUUUUAUGAAAAAAAUUUGAUAUAUUAGUGAUAAUUAGUAUAGUGAAAUCUCUUGAUAAUUCUGUUUAAUUUAAAACAGUUUGCAUUUUAAAAACAUAAAUUUUAAUUAAAUUAAUUGGUAUUCGAAAAAUCAUAUAUAUAUAUAUAUUUAAUAAAAAGAAAUCAACUCCCUUCUUGAGCAAAUAAAAUAUUUUUAUUCACUCACGGAGCGGGGAGUGAGCACAAAAUUUUGGCCUUGUCCUAAUAAGAAUGCUUGCAUUGGUUCUGAUCCAGUAAAUAUUUCUUAUAAAGGGAAUUGUGAGGAAGGUUACACUGGAAAUUUAUGCCAGAGUUGUGAAAAAUGGUAUGCUAAGAUAGCAAAAAAUCAAUGUGCAAAAUGCCAAAGUCUUGCUAUAAUUACUGUAAAAGCUAUCGGAAUAUGUCUGGGAUAUGUUAUACUUUGUUGUAUAAUAAUCAGAAUUUCAAAAAAUUCUGCAUAUAAACCAAAGUUGCUUACUCCCCCCCCCUCCGUGAGUGAACAAAAACCAUUAGAAAAAUCCCUAUUUUUUACCCCCAAAAACCCACCCCUCCGUGAGUGAACAAAAAUUUUUUUAAUAGAAAAAAAUUUUAUGAAAAAAAAUUUUGAUAUAUAAGUGAUAAUUAUUAUAAUGAAAUCUAGAGCUAAUUCUGUUUAAUUUUAAACAAAUUGCUUUUUAAAAACGUAAAUUUUAUAAAUUAAAUUAAUAUUUGCUUUCCAAUUUUUGCGAAUUAGGAUUUUUUUAAAUUUAGAAAAAAAAAAUUUUUUAUAAAAUUUAUAUAUAAAUUUUUUUAAAAAAAAAAAUUAAUCACCUUCCAUGAGUGAACAAAAUUUUUUUGUUCACUCACGGAGGGGGGGAGUUAUAUAGAAUAUUUUCUUCUCUAGUUUUCAAUAAGAAGCAAAUAGCAGUCUAUCUAUAAAUUGGCACUUUUGACUUUAUUGACAAGCCAACACUCUUAGUUCUAAAUCUGCAAAAUUAAUUAAUUUAUACUUGGAGAGCAAGCUCAUAAAUUUAAUACAAACUAAAAUAACUAGUUAAGAAUGAUAUAAUUCCUAUAGAUAGCAGGGAAUAUGCUAUACGAGCGUUUAUAUAAAAAUACUGAUUAAUUAUAUUCAACUUAUAGCAAUAACAACAACAUUUAGUCUAUCCUGACCUAGCUAUGUGAAAGAAUUAUUUUCUGUCCAAAAUAAUGCAAGCUUUAUAAGUAACCAAGUAUUUUCUUUUGAUUGUCUUUUAUACUAUUAUGAAGACUUUAAAGGAGACAAUAUUAUUUAUUAUCAAAAACUGUUCCUUUUAGCUAUUGUGCCUAUUUCUAUUCCAAUUAUUUCAGCUACAUUUUGGUUUUUGAUAUAUUUAUGGAAGCGAUCUUUUGAAUUUUUUAUUGAAAAUUUAGUUUCCACUUCUAUUGUAGCAGCAUUUUUAGUCUAUCCUAGCAUAAUUAAGUACUAUUUAAGCUCUUUUAACUGUAGGGAACUUGACUAUGGCAAAGAGUGGCUUAUAGAUGAUUUGAAUUUGAGAUGCUGGGAUUGCCAGCAUAUUUUAUACAUAGCUGCUAUAUCUUCUCCAGCUCUUCUUAUAUUUGGGAUUGGAAUGCCUGCAAUUAUUUUAUUUUUAAUCUCAAAAAAUAAGCAUAGACUGAGCAGCAUUGAUGUCAGGAUCAAAUAUGGAUUUUUAUUCAUUGGGUAUAAAUCUAGAAGCUAUUAUUGGGAAUUUGUGAUUAUUUGCAGAAAAAUAUUAAUUAUUUGUUGUUCUCUCUUCUUAUCAACUGUUUCUGUCAAUAUUCAAGCUCUUACUGCACUUUUGGUAAUAGUAAGCUGUCUGUAUUUGCAUUUUAAAAUAAAGCCUUAUAUUGGAGAUAACUUAAAUAGACUUGAAGCCAUUUCUAUUUCAUGCUCAGCCAUAACAAUUUAUUGUGGAAUGUAUUAUUUAUCUGAAUCUCUUGAUAAAUUUACUGAAUUCAUAUUUUUCAUUAUAAUUAUUCUAGCAAAUUUAUAUUUUAUUUUUUACUGGAUUAUUACAGCUGGAGAGUCCUAUAUUAUCAAAAUAAUUCAAAAAAUUCCAUUUUUAAAGAAAAUAAUAAACCCUAAAAUCUUUUUUCGAGAGGACAAAGCAAAUAUAAUAGGAGAUUACGAGUUAAUCGUAAGCACUUCCCAUAAAGAGAAUUUAAAUUCACAAGGGAUACCUUUUAAAAAAAUCAGCAUGAUGGAUUUAUUUUUUGAAAAAUUGAAAGGAUGUAUGACAAUUAAAGAAGAAAGUUAUUAUGAAAACGACAGUAAUGAAGACAAAAAUGAAAAGAAAAGCAUUGAGGAGGGAGAUCUUGAAAAUAUAAACAUAGAAGAGAAGAAUUCUGACUUCCCACUUUAAAUUGGAACAAAAAUUACUCUUCCAAUUUUAAAGGGUGUCUUUUUUUAAAAAAACACUAUUUUUUAAUUUUUUCUAUAAAAAUUUUUGGUAUUUGAAUUUAUUUUUAUGGACAAUUAAUAAAAAAAUUAAUUGAUUAAGUAUGAAAACUGUGUAAAUAGCAUUCUACUUGCCAUUUGUGUAGUAAAUUAGAUUAAAACUAAUUUUAUAAAAAUCAGUAUUUUCAUGAGUAAAAUUUUUCCUAUUGAAAACAAGUUUUUACCAAUUUAAAGGGAGAUUAAAGUAGCCAAAGAAUGCAAAUUUUACCGAUGUUUUGUUCCAAAUUAAAAGGGGGGAGUGAAGAGAAUCGUAGAGAGGGAAAUUUUCAAGAAGAGAGCAGUUAUUAA